CCGCUGAUCCCAGCUCAGCUGCACGACGUUGCUGCGCUUACCUCCCAGGGCUAUACGACUGGCAGCCAAUGAAGAAAAAACAACAGCUGGGUAACAAGAGACAAAUCCUCGCAGUCAUGCUUACUUUAAUAUCGCGGGCUCACCCUCCCACCAGCAUGCGAAGUUGUAUAUCGCAAUCAUGUCGACUCCCGACCGUGGCUGGAUUAUCCUGGCCGUCUCAUGGCCGCUCUUCGGUUUCUCUGCAGUCCUGGUCGUGCUGCGCGUCUGGGUACGUACCAGGAUUAUCAAGUCCUGGGGCUGGGACGACCCGUUCAUCAUGCUUGCCCUGCUCUGUGCGACCAUCAACUCAGCCCUCGCUACUAUAGCGUAUCACUACGGCACCGGGCGCCAUGCGAUCGAUCUGUCGCCGUACCAGCAGAUCGAGUCGACCAAGUAUAACUGGCUCUCGCAGGGCUUCCACGUUAUGUCGACGAACUGGGGGAAGGUGUCGGUUGCGUUGUUUAUGCUGCGGAUUAGCCAGAGGGCUAAACACCACCGUCCGGCGAUGUGCACUGGCAUUGCUUUACUUACUAUUAUAAAUGUGGUCUGCGUGUACACAAUCUAUGGGCAGUGCACGCCGACAGCAAGGCUGUGGGAUUCAGACGUGCAUGGUUCUUGCUGGGAUCCCAAUGUUCAGAAGAACUAUGCUUUCUUCCAGGGGUCGGCAUCGGCCCUUUCCGAUUUGCUUCUUGCAAUCUAUCCCUUGUUCACUAUCGGCCCGCUCCAGAUGGCAAUCAAAGUCAAGAUCGGGCUGGGCUUUGUUCUAUCACUGGGUGUAGUUGCCAUGGUCGCUGCCAUAGUGAAAACCGUCAACCUCGCCGCCCUCUCCGGCCGAGCCGAUUACCCCUGGGACACCGUCGACCUUACAAUCUGGAUCGCAGUCGAGCAAUACCUCAUCAUUAUAGCCGCGUGCAUUCCCACAUUGACACCGCUAUUCAACAUUGUAGUCCGGCGACGAACUACCAGACGAAGCAGCUCGAAUAACAAGCCGUGCCAGACUCGCACUCACAGCGAGCAGUCGGGCAAGCCUCCUAUCCACGGACCGUUUGCCAGUGGAGGAAAAGGCCCGCGCGAGGCUUGUGUUUGGACAGAAAAUGGAGAUAGUGAUGAAGAACCGAUUAUAUUACCAGGAGAGUCGCAGGAGGGGAUUCUAAUGACUACUGAUAUCCAUGUGCAGGCUGGAUCUGCAUUGGAUAAUGAGCGCAUGGGGACGGAAUCAGUAUAAGCAUGGCAGUGUGAUUUAAUGUAAUGCCUUUAUGAAUAGUUUAUGUUAACGAUAUUCCCUAAAUAUACGUACUGUGCUAUAACAAAUUGUUCGUAUGCAACACGACGAUCCCUG